ACAUGUCAUUAAAAUUUGCAGCCCCCCACCGAACUGUUUGAAGAACGGGGUUGAAGAACUUAAAACUGACAAUAUGAAGGCUUUGAAUUAUUUAUUUAUUGACUUAUCUGACUAAACCUGAAUCUGCAGCCAAGUGCUUCUCAAAGAACAAAUUUCAAUUCAUCGAGGAAACGGAAGUAAACAAAGGGACAUCAUGGCAGAAUUGUCACCAAGAGAGCCCUAUUUUGAAAACAGGAAGGGAGAAGUAACCGAAUUAAGAGCAGCACUGAAGAAUAUUGAUGUGCAAAGAGACAAAAUUAAGUAUAGAACUGCUGUUCAGAAAGUAAUUGGAUACAUGACACUUGGUCUAGAUGUUUCAUCCCUGUUUUCAGAAAUGAUGAUGGCUAGUGCCACAACUGAUCUGGUUCAAAAAAAGUUAGUCUAUCUCUAUAUUCGUGAGCAAGCUGAAUCAAACAAAGAUAUUGCUAUUCUCAUGAUCAGCACACUCACAAAAGAUGCAAUGGAUGACAAUCCAAUGAUUAGAGGGUUGGCGUUGCGUACCAUGUGUGAACUAAAGCUUCCGGACUUGUUAGAGUACAUAAAAGAGCCUCUUCUCCAGGGUCUUAAAGACAGAAGUGCAUAUGUUCGUAAAAUUGCUGCAAUGGGAACAGUUAAAAUUUUUCAGUUUGCACCAGAUAUCAUAAAAGAUCCAAGUGUUCUUGAACAGCUAAGAGGGCUUAUAAAAGAUGACGAUGGACAGGUCUUCUUUAACGCUAUUUUUGCACUUGAAGAAAUAUUAGCUGAUGAAGCAGGCAUUCAACUCGACAAAGAUAUUGUCCAAACAAUUGUUCACAGGUUACACACCGUGAAUGAAUGGUCACAGUGUCUGCUACUGUCCAUCCUAACCAGAUACAAUCCUGCAGGCCAAGAAGAAGUCAUUGCAUUGUUGAACAGUCUUGACGAUCGACUGAAGCAUGCAAACAAAGGAGUCAGUAUGGCAGCUGCCAAAUUGUUUCUUAUCUUUACAAAGGAUACAUUGUUUCUAAGGAACGAUGUUUACAACAGAUUAAGAGCUCCACUUAUUUCCGUUGUCUCGUCACCGUCGCCAGAACUGUCGUUUACCGCACUGCCGGCACUGUUGAUGGUUUUCAAAGGAAGAGCCCACCUAUUGUCAAAGCAGUUCAAAUCUUUUUACAUAAGGGAAAGUGACCCAGGAUAUCUCAAGAAUUUAAAACUGGUCACCCUGACAGAGGUUGUGACUGAGUCAAAUAUGGAAAGCAUUCUAUCGGAAUUGAGGUAUUGUGCAAUGGACCCAGAUGCCUCUGUAGCGGAGAUGGGAAUAAAAUGCAUUGGUAAAAUUGGAAAAGACCACCCAUUGGCUUCCGAUAAAAGCUUAGAAUUACUUAUUGGUCUUUUGGAGUCAAACUUAGAUCACGUCACUGCCUACGUGUUUGAUGCUAUAAAAGAAAUAUUGUCCAAAAUGAAAAUUCAUGGAAAUUAUAUAGCUGCAAAAAUGAUUAGUUACUGGGAUAAAGUGACAGACCAUCAAUCGGGCAAAGCUGCACUAAUUUGGAUACUUGGAGAAUUUGGAGAGGGAAUUUCAAAUAGUCCUUACAUAUUAGAAAAGCUACUAGACAACAUCGAUCAAGAGAACACUGCUGAAGUAAAGCUUGCAUUGCUUAAUGCGGGUGUGAGACUAUUUUUUCAACGGCCACCUGAGUUUCAACAUGUCCUUGGAAGAAUCUUUAGUCACUUGGUCGAGGAUGAAACAAAUAUUGACGUUCGUGACAGAGCGAUGUUUUAUUACAGAUGCUUGAAAACAGAUGUGAAUAAGGCUCAGGAACUGCUUUCAAAGGGACGAAGAAUGAUAGAGGAUUGCCAUGCAAAGAAAACGCUUUUUGAGAGUGAAGAGGGUAUCAUGCUAAAGGACCUCAACACGCUGGAAGGCAGCCGUUUGAUAGCAUACUAACAAUGACCGAGCUUGGGAUGGAAUCGACAACUGGGGUUGUGUGCCUUCACAUCCUCGAGUAAGGACUUUCUUGAAAGAAAACAAGUUUUGAGUAGAUAUACUGAUCGUUUGAAUUUUAUUCAACAGAAACUCUAUUUAAAUCCAUUCAUUUUUAGGCGUCCAACUUGGUCAGUAUCCACCACAACACAACUUAGCUUUGUAGUAGUUCGUUUGAUUUCUCGAGAGGUUUUUAGCUAAAUAGAAAGAUAAUUAUGUAAACUAGCAAAGUUUUUUCUUCGUGUUAUUGAGUAUCGUUUAAAGAAUCGUUGAGUGAAAUAUUUUGUUAUUAAAAAACAUGGAUAGUUGUACAAACUACAAAUUAAGAAAAAUGUUUUUCCUUUUGUGAAUUUUUAUAGUUUACUUUAAUUUUUUUAAAAUGAAAUAGAAUUAUUCCAAAUUUUCUACACACGUCUCUCCUUAAAGCCGGAAACUGUCAGUUUUUUCAGGUUUGAAGAUAAGUUUUUGACAUAAAACAGAUUGAAGUGUGAUUGACUGUUCUAUUAACCAAUCGCUACCCACCAAAGUAUGUAAUAUUUGGAGUGUGAAUGCUAUUUCUUCGCCUAUCUAAAUUCUUUGCAUUAUGUACUUUUAAAAGCUUAAAGUGUCACACUAAGGUCACAAAAAUUGACACAUCAGUCUAUACUUUUAUAUAAUCAUUUGUUGAUUUCGACAAACUUACUCGUUUUCUUG